GCAUUGUUUGGAAAGCAAGAUGGCUGAGAACGUUUUGGAUUUGGCGAACGGCGAUGUUUGUAAAAACGUUAUAUCUCCAAUGUAUGACAGUUAAAAUGGUUGGAAUAUGAUUCCCCAAGAAAUAUGGAGAGCAAACAUAAAGAACUGCUCAGUCUCCAUCGUGCUAAGUUUCUCAGUGCCAUAGAAGUGGAAAAACUGUUGCCGAUUUUGCAAAGCAAAAAUGUAGUGUACCCAGAUGACAUCAGCGAGAUAAACAAACAGCCGAGUCGAGCUGGGAGAGCAGAAAGACUCCUCGACAUUCUACCCGACAAGCCCAACUCGGCGUUCCAUGGAUUGUGUCUGGCGUUGGAAACGACAUACCCUCAUCUCCUUACGGCGAUGUUCCUCGGGUGUAAUCAGAGAGCUGUCACCCCAGAUUCCAGAUCACUAUCACUUGCAUCAGACUCUGAGGAAGACCCUCUGAAUCAGUCAUGCCGCUCAGAAACUCCGUCCCAGGAUCUGGAUGGAGCUAAGACCUACACACGAAUUAUACCUUCCCACGAGUAUGACCUUCAUGAGGGUUCCUAUCCAGCCAGUCAGGACAAACACUCACAGCGACAUUAUCCAAUCAUGAACAGCCAACCAUCUGACCACCAUCGUGACUACGACCGUCUCAAGUCCCAAUGUGAGCAUGCGAUGAAUGAACUUCAGUCACUGAAACGGACUCAGAUAGAUAUGGAAAAACGUUAUGACCAAACACGUAAGGAGCUGGAGAACUACAGUCAGAAGUAUCGAUCUGUGCUCAGUCAGCUUCAACAUGCCAAGGACGAGAAUACACACAUCAAAUCUCAGUCCCUUAAGUUUGAGCAGGAGAAACAGCAGCUGGACCAAGAGAUCCUCAGCCUUCAGAGCCUUCACGAGGAGGAUAAACAGGAAAUGGCGGAUUUACGUAAACAGCUCCGGGAGGUCAUCAACGAGAGUGGUUCAAGUGAGGUUCUUAACAAAAUGUAUGAUUGUGCUCAGGACAAAUAUGAAGGCAUUCGAGCUGAUUAUGAGGCAUUGCGAGAGCGAUACACAGAACUCAUGUCUCUUAAUUCUGACAUGACUAGUAAACUGGAACAUCUGAGAGAUGAAAACAUGAAGAUGCACAAAAAGUUGGAAAAUAUGCAUAUGGAUCAAGAGGCUGUGAUCAUGGAAAGGAAUGCUUUAAAGAAACAGUGUACAGGAGCUAUACGCAACUGGGACCAAGUAAUUCAUGAACGGGAUCAGCUCAAGGAGGAAAUGUCUAAGGUUACUGCACAGCGAGAUGAGUUAAUGAAAGGCUCAAACCAAAUACUGUUCAAAUUGGAAUCUGCAUGUAAGGAGAGGGAUGCUGCUAAAUCUGAACACAAUCUUGUAAUGGCUGAGAGGGCGUCUGUUCUAAACGACUAUGACCGACUACAGGAGAGAGUCAGUGAGUAUAGUCACAAGAAUGAAGCUCUGGAAAAAGAGAAAAAAAGUGCUUUGACAGAAUUAGAAAAUUUGAAACGUGAAUUAAUUACAUCAAUACAAGAGAGAGACAAAGCAAUCAAAGAGAGGAAAGAGUUGUUAAGUAAAUACAGUGAUAUUCGCUCUAAAAAUGACCAGCUUGAAGGACAACGAGAGGACUUCCGCAAGGAUUGGCAGAUGGUGACACAGGAACGAGAUGUUGCACGUAAAGAAAGACAUGAGGCAAUUCAGGACAGAGACAGGAUUCUCAGGGAGACGUAUGAACGGGAACGCUGUCAGAAGGAAAAGGCAGAGGAGAUGGAUCAGGUAUCCAAGGAAACAGAACUCAUGAAGCGAACAAUCGAAAAACUGCAAAGGGAGCUUCGAGAUUUAAACCAUGAGGUAGAGUCGUCCAACAUGUCACGGGACUGGGCCCUGAGAGAGCGUGACAAGAUUGUUCAGGAACGAGACAGCAUUCGCACACUCUGUGACAGUCUGCGUCAUGAACGAGACCGAGCUGUCAGUGACAAAGCUAAGACCCUGCGUGACUUUGAUGAUCUAAAGAAACAGAAGAGUGAGGCAUACAAGGAGUUAAAAGAAACAAGGGAGAAGUAUGAAAGUGUAAUGGAAAAGGAAGCACGUAAAAACCAACUGAAUGGUGUUGGCCACAAUCACAGCAGAGACUCGGCCAUCGAUGCUGACCUUCAGGAGUGGGAGACGGAGGAAGUGAUUGUCGACAUUGGUUGUUUUAACCCUGACAACUUGGGCUUCGAUAUUGUUGGCGGAAAGGAUGACCCACAACUGACCAAUGACAACUCUAUCUUCAUAAGUCACAUCAGCAAGGGUAGUGUGGUGGAUGGAAAGCUCAAGGUGAAUGAUGUGCUGAUGAAGGUUAACAACCAGGACACGACCAACAUGACGAAGAGGACAAUGAUACAGACACUUCGUGAUGCAUCCGACAAUGUGUCUUUGAUUGUAAGAAGACGACGGUGUAUAACUCCUCGAGUGUGGCAGCCCCUGCAGCUGAGUAUUUCUCUUGGGAAAGAGACUGGGAUUUAUAUUGAACAAGGUUUAUAUGUGAGUCGUAUAACACCCGGCUCUGUUGUUGCCAAGGAAGGUCUGUUGGUCACAGGGGACAGGAUUGUAGGGGUUAAUGGAAAAUCUGUUGAGAGUCUCAGUGCUAAGGAGCUGAUGCGACUCCUGGAUGACUGUCGUGACCCUGUUGUAAUGGAAAUCUGGCGACAAACUUCACCCCAUGGGAUCAACUCUGCUGGCUCCUCCCCAAUUCCCGUCCCACUGACAAAUCUGUCUCAUCUCUCUGAACAAAUUCCACACAGAGUCACAAAACCCGAGAGUCCCACUUUCAAAUCUCAGUCCCUGUGGGAUGGAAACACAACAUCUGACAGUGGAAAAAGUAGCACAAAGAUGCGCAGUAGUGGAUCCCAGACCGAUAGCUUGGAUAGUCCUGGACCUCCGUCCAGACACAAGCGUUAUCAAGAGAGGGAAUCCGACAAACCAAAUAGACACAGUGUACUGGAGAAAAUUAAAAUGUUCAAACAUAGACAUAAAAGUCAAGAACGAAAUGAUGUUGAUGAUGGAACAUUGAAACAGCAAGAUUUGAUGUCACAAAGUGUGAACACUUGUAGCUCUCCUGAGGAUGUGAUAGGUGAGUUUGCCAUGCCUGGUACCAGUGUGCAUGAAAAACUAAAUAAACCUGUGAAUAAAACAACGCGUAAGCGUGAGCUAGAGAGUGAAAACAGUGGCACAUGGCCAAAGUGUUGUCGUGUGUAUCCUGAUGGCAUUCAUGGCACCGUAGUGUUUCCCUCUCCACAGCGCAGACAUGAGCGUCCAACACUUGAUGCAUUGAUCAAUCCUGCACCAGAGAAAAGGUUAGUGCAGAAGACACCCCCAACUCCUCCUGAACGAACGGGUGCUUCCUUUGUGGCAGUACGUCACAGCCCACAGAGUAGUGAUUCCACGUUGACUGGUAAAUACCGUCACAGUCCACAGAGCAGUGAUUCCACCCUGCAACUAGGCUCUCCCUCUCCAAUCAGCUCCCCAAAGUCAAGCAGCAAAUCAAGCCAAUACUUACCCAACACUGUGCCUCCAUUCCAGCAACAGGACCCUCACAUUCUGCCUGACUAUUCCAACAGAAACACAAGCAGUGCUAGGAGCUCACGUCAGGCUCACAAACGAUACACAGUUGGAUCAUUUGGGCCCGAUUUCCCACCAAAGGAGGGGUUUGAACAGCAUCCACCUCCCCGUGUAGGAAACAAGCCUGCCCGACACCUUGACCGUGAUAUACGAGGAAGUCAAAAAUAUGCCAACAAGUAUAAGUCUAGUCAUCAGUCUCAUAGCUCUGUGAAUUACAGCAAAUCACCACAAGGACAUAUGUCAUUUGACUUUCCACAGAACAACUCAUCACUGGGGGGAAGCACAGGGAGUGCGCGGUGGUCUAACAACAUGUCCUCUCCCCAUGAUGGUGUACAUUCCCCUCCCUACACGCCGUCCUCUGGGGUGAGCUCCCCGGGAUAUACGUCUUCGACAGGGGUCACCUCGCCUCCCUACCAACCCACAUACCGUGGACAGAGUAGCAGUAACUCGUCGACACUGUCCUCGAUGUCCCGUCCAUAUAUGCCCUACUCCCCGGGGAACUACACCCAAUAUCCCCUCUCACCCACGUACAGUUCUCCAACUGAUUCAUGUACUGACUGUGAUAGUGAACCUCCACGCUGCUCUCCAUCCUUGGACUGGUGUAGUUCACCGAGCUCCUCCCAGCGCAGCUCCUCAACUCCUAGUGAUCAGGUCGGCUAUCCGUUAGUUGUUCCACCACGGAUUUCUCCGUCAGAGACAAACACAUUUCCACGGAAACCUCCCAGGGUGUGGUAUCCUCCCACUGUCAGCACCACUUCAUCAACCAAGUCUGGGUCUGUAGAAGUCGUUUCAGAGCGGAGCAGUCCUGGUUCUCCUCUGCUAAACAGUAGAUUAGAACUGCCUCAUCGCAGGAGAAAACCUUAUCCUGGGGAGACACGGACUAUACACGUGGAGCGUAAUCUGCAGCCAGUUGGCUUCAAUAUAGAGAAGAGAAGUACAGGCGGGAUCUUUGUAUCUAUGGUCAAUGAAAAUAGCCUUGCAGCAGAUGCAGGGCUGGUCAUCGGUGACCAGUUACUAGAGAUUUGUGGGAUCAACAUGAGAACUGCCACCCAUGAUAUUGCAGCUCGUUUCCUACAUCAGUGUGGCAAGGAUCUCACCCUACUAGUCCAGUACAACAUUGAUGAGUACAUCAAUGGUGAUUCUUCAGGUGACAGCACCAACACUUCUCCAAACAACUCACCAGAUUCCAAUACCUUCAAGAAAAAGACAAGCCUCAGUCGACCUAGCAUGUCAUGCGAAUCUUCACGCUUUGUCUCCCUAAAGAAGAGCUCUCCAGGUGAAGGUCUGGGCAUCACUAUUGCAGGAGGAAAUGCUGUUGGUAUUUUUGUACAUGAAGUGCAAUCUAACAGUGUAGCAUUUGGACAUGAUGGGUUACACUGUGGAGACCAGAUACUUCAGUACAAUGGAGUAGACUUUACCUCUGUGACUGCAGAAUUUGCCUCUGCUGAGAUUUCCAAGUCGUGUCUGGCUGUCGGAAUGAAAGUUCAGUACAAUCCAGAAAAGUACUACCAGAUUUGCGAGCAGCCUGGUGAUCUGUUCUAUGUGCGUGCCCACUUUGACCGUCCUGCAGAGAAUGAAGGGGAACUAAGCUUUUACAAAGACAACAUUCUGAUGGUGGAGAAUACAAUGUAUGGGGGAGUGGCUGGCUGCUGGUUCGGCUGGUUAGUUGAUGAUGACUGCAACAAAAUCAAAUCAGGAACUAUUCCCAGUAAAGAAAGACUUGAGGAUGACUUCAUGUUGAGGAGAAGUCACUCUGGCAGCCUUAGCCUACAAGACUUAGAUGAACUCAAGGGCACGACUCGUCGAGGAUCAGGAACAGCAAGACGAAGCUUUUUCAGACGUCGACAUAAACGCAAUAAUUCCAAAGACAGUCGUGAAUUUAGUGCAUCUGAUGCUCCAUUCACCAGUGAAUCUGUUCCAAUGCUAGAUGAUGUGUCACUAUACGCCUACACAAAAGUUGAUAGAGUCGAGUAUAAGAUGACGAGGCCGGUGAUAUUGUUGGCUCCACUGGCUGAACCACUUAUCAACAAGAUCGCCUCUGCUUCCAGUGACAAGUAUAAAGCCUGUCGACCUAUCAUCAUGCAGACAUCUGCAAAAGCAAUGGAACAAGGUCUUGCCGACAGCAGUUACAUUGACUACUGGCUCCAGGACGAGCACUAUGAGUGUAUCCGUGUGUCGUCUAUCAGAGAGAUCUGUGAUCAGGGCAUUCACUGUCUACUCAAUACUAGUCCAGCUGCUAUAGAGCGACUCCACAGACUACAGAUAUACCCCAUAGUUAUAUUUGCUCGCCAUAAAUCAUUCAAACAGAUCAGGGAAAUUCGUGACCCACAGUUUCAUCCUAAAAACCUUAGUAACAAAGCAGCAAAAGACUUGUUUGAGCGAUUCCAGAAGAUAGAGCAGGACUACCGCCACCAGUUCUCUGCCAUCAUACAGGGAGGAAUCCUUGCAGAGAUGUACCAACAGGUUAAAACUGUCAUCGAUUCCGAACAGAAGAAGGCCAUUUGGGUCCCAGUCAGUCCAACAAGAUAACAGAGUUCUUUCCGGGAUCUUCUUCACAUUGAUCUCGGAUCAUAUGAUUUACCCAUAGCUUUCUAGUCCUACACAUUCAUGGAUCUCGGAGUUUCGGUGGUUCCCUUUGCUUUUUUUGGUGUUUGUGGAAAAUCCUACCAAUCCGAGCUCAUUUAUAUGUUACACUUUCCAUUGACAUGAUUUUACACAUUUUUAUGGGCAAUUUCCCAGGAAUUUUGAACACAGCGGUGCUGUAGUGUGGAUACGUUCACAUAAUCACAAGAUGUUAUUAACUUUUGGUGAUUAUUUGUGAUAAAUGCCAGUCCGGCUGAAACUUUGUAUACUGUACUUGUGAUAUUUCCUGUGACACUGAGAUACAUUCACAUGUGUUUGGAUUUCUUUGUGGAGGGAAGAGAGUAAUAUGACAAAUUCUUACGUUAUAUGUUCUCUAUGUGAAUUUCUUCGCUGGAUGAUCACUACCUGAUGGAUGCGUUUGGACAAAAUGUUUUCUGCUAGGUUGUUGCAUUUGGAACUCAUUUAUUAAUAAGACUUUGAAUGUCUGACAGAGUUUUGUACUCGGAACUCAUUGCUUUACAAAACUCCUUGGAUGGCUGAGUUUUGUAUUCGGAACUUAUUGCUUUACAAAACUCCUUGGAUGUCUGUCUGACAGAGUUUUGUACUCAGAACUCAUUGCUUUACACAUCAUUGGAUGUACGUCUGACGGUAGUGUUUUACUCGGAACUCAUCGCUUUACACAAAUCAUUGGAUUUCUGUACGACGGUAGUGUUGUACUCGGAACUCAUCGCUUUACACAAAUCAUUGGGUUUCUGUCUGACAGUAGUGUUGUACUCGGAACUGGCCGUUUCACACAACUCCAAUAUAAUAGAUAUGUAAGAAAUACAAACAUUUUAUUUGCCGGAGAAUCAUUACUUCUAAAGCACUGAUGAGUUCUGACAGUUUAUGAAUCAUUAUUUAUUUCAUAGAGAUACAGUUCAAACUUGAAAAUCUAUGUAUAAUGGAAAUAAUACCGGUAACCCAGUCAGUGUUUACCACCAGCUACAGAAGGAAUAAUGUUGCUUUGAAAAGUAGUUGCCAAGUAAGAAAAUCGACGUGUUUACAUCCGAUGUAGUGUGAAUGACUUGAUUUCUGAGUGUUAUACUGAGGGAUUUACAAUUGAAGGACCAAUUUUAGAGGAAAUAAAAGUUAAAUCAAGUA